AACUCGCAACGCUAUCUCAGACUCGGCUACCAUCUUACUGUAACAAUAAAUCGCCUUGUCCCGAUCCCUCGUCUAGAGCUGUUAAGAGCUAUUUAGAGCUAUAUAGGUGGCCAACCACUUCCACAAGAUUUCUGAGUUCCCCUUUCAUCUUCAUCCACAAUUAUACAACCAUCUAACAUCGAAUCUUUUACACUUCGCCUUACUUAUACACACUUAUACAGAAACUAAAGAACAAACACCUCAAAUACCAACCCAUAUAUAUAAAUCAGCAACAAUGACUACCCUCAAGGCCGGAGACAACUUCCCCGAAGGCGUCACUUUCACCUACAUCCCCUACACCCCAGAACUCGCCGGCGUAACAGCCUGCGGCAUCCCCGUCAAGUACGACGCCAGCAAAGAAGCUAAAGAAAAGAAACUCGUCAUCGUCUCCGUCCCCGGCGCUUUCACACCCACGUGCCAAAACACUCACAUCCAGGGCUACAUUGAGAAGCUACCCCAACUCAAGGCCGCCGGCGUCGACCAGGUCCUAGUCAUCUCCUACAACGACGCUUGGGUCCAAGCAGCCUGGGCCAAGGCCAACGGCAUCAAGGACGAGAUUAUCUUCGCUUCCGACGACGGCGCUCCCUUCAGCAGCAGCAUCGGCUGGACUCUCGGCGCCCGCACCGCCCGCUACGCUAUCGUCGUCGACCACGGUAAGGUCAUCUACGCCGAGAAGGAGCCCGACAAGGGCGUCACCGUCUCCGGCGUCGACGCCGUCCUGGCCAAGCUAUAAUUAUAGCAAAAUAACUUACCUACCUACCCAUGAUACCAACACUGGAACCGGAUUUCGAGCUAUAGAGUAGGAAGAUAGGCAAUGGACGGAAACUAGAAAGGGGACGGGGCCAAGUUCACUGAGACGUACGCUGAGCAGUCGCGGUUCGAUCCUACAUGAGAAGACAUCUAUCUUGCUAGCUAGCUACAUAUGUACUCUGGAACAAAGCCCCCUCCGAAUUAGAAGUUAGUAACUAGAUAAACUACAUAUGAUA